CAUUUGACUAUCUAUUCUUUUCAGCUCCUUAAUAAAAUACACAUAACACAUUACAAUUGAAACGGUAUGGUGAAAAUGGAAUCCACAGAAGAACAGGAUCGAAAGUUAGUACUGGAGUUUUGUCAUUUGCUCGAAAAAUCAAAGCAACUGUUCAAUGGCCUCAGAGACCUGCCACAAUAUGGACAUAGACAGUGGCAGGCGUAUUUCGGGCGUACAUUUGACGUGUAUACGAAAUUAUGGAAAUUCCAACAACAGCAUCGCAUGGUAUUGGACUCGAAAUACGGACUGAAGCGUUGGCAAAUUGGCGAAAUUGCAAGCAAAAUUGGACAGCUUUAUUAUCAUUACUACUUAAGAACCAGCGAAACGAACUACCUGAAUGAAGCUUAUCAAUUUUAUGCAGCGAUUAGAGGUAGAGCAUAUUAUUCGCGUGCGAUCAAGGAGGAUCGGCCCGAUUUAAUGGUGAAAAAGUUGCGCUAUUAUGCGCGAUUUAUUGUUGUUUGUUUGCUGUUGAAGAAAAUGAAGCUGGUUCGUGAGUUAGUGACGGAGCUGGAAAAACAAAUACAGGAAUACACAACAACUUACGAGCCAGAAGACCAUUUAGAAUGGUCAUUAGUUUUAGAAGAGAUAAAAGGUUUUAUAAAAGCUGAAGCUGCCGUGGCUGUUCUUCAUGCGGAUUCCAAUCCCAUCAUACUUUCACACAGUGGUUCCGGUUCUAGGUUAUCGCCGCUAACGACGCCACCGUGUGAACGUUCGCCCCACAUGACGUUGAGCCUGCAGGAGAUACUCAUUGUAGGUUCGGCGUGCGAGCAGGCGAAGUUCUCCGAGUUAACAAUGGACAUGUUUAGAAUGUUACAAACACUCGAACGAGAACCAACGGAAUCAACACAUCCGAUGAGCAUCACACAUGGCAUGCACGGGCACGAUGCCAGCCCGGCUGCCAGCCGCAUACCACCAUAUGGUGUUCCAGGUUCUAAGGGUUACUUAGAAAAUGGCCGUCAUUAUCGAGACAAUCCUCACAAAUAUUUACUAUACAAGCCUUCUAUUAGUCAACUUCUGGUGUUCUUAGCUAGUGGAUUUAAAGAAUUGCCUCCAGGAGGCGCAUUACUCUUAUAUAUGUCAGCUGAUGGUUGUUUCUCGACUACAAAGCAUCCAGAGGAUUAUGGUUAUGAAUUGGGUGGCCUUGCUACGAGCGUCAAGCGUGAUGGCGUCGAAGGCGGUGGCAUUGCAUGUCGAGGGAAAUCCUACAAGGAGAAUCAUUGCCUCUAUCCCGGCGAUUUGUAUCCCUUCACACGAAGACCAAUGUUCAUUAUCAUCGAUUCGGAUAAUUCAUUUGUCUUUCAACACAUCCCUCGGUACUUUGGACAACCGUUAGUCAUACUAAUGUCACCGCAAGAUGUGCCGCCCGCAUUUCAAGCUGAUGUGCAACAUCAUGGUUCGCUAUUCACCUUGUUCCUGCAUUCUCCACUAACGGCGCUCUGCUACAUUUGCAAUGUGGGCGAUGUGCCAAUACACCAUUGGGAGCGCUGCCAAUCGCAUGUAGACCGAUUCAUAACAGAGGCAUCAAGACUUGUGACGCGUUGUCGCAUCGAUGAAAUCGAGCAGGGCAUAGGAUUUAUAGACUCAUCGUACGUGCAAUUCUUCGGCGAUGACUUUUUACGUACGCUAAUUUUACGUUUCGUCUUCUGUGAUGUUGUACUGAGAUUGCAUCGUGGCUUUCGUGGACGUCAUAUGAGACCACGAUGCGAGCCACCAUUGCCAUCCAAUGAGUUACUGGAGCAUCCAUCAUUGUCGCAUAUAAUAUUCCAAUUAGCGUCGGGGCUCGAUGUGCGCGGCCAUUUCUCCGAUGGACCCGAAUGCGACUGAUGAUUUCUUAGUAAUAAUAAGUCUUGUAAAAAUAUUUAUUAUUUAAAUUUACUUGUAGUACAUAAAAUAGUUAUUAGUACUUGUACAGCAAUAGUAAAUGGAAUGGGAAAAGAAAAAGGAAAGCAGGCGCGUGUGGAGUGUCGAGUAAUUGUAAAAUUAUUAGGAAUGGAUAUAAAAUUGAAAGCAAAAUUAGUAAAUUUAUUAAUUAUGAUAUUUAUUAUAAUAAAAUUAUUAUUAC